CACUCUGAACGUGAGCCAACGCGGCACGAGGCUCACUGUGCACGUGAUCGUGUUGGGGACGCGACAGUCGGCGCGUCCGGAUGAUGUCACUGCUAUGGACUACUCCACAUCGCAUAUAACGCUGGCCUAGGUUCGCAGUGAGAAACCCACCUGCAGCGACAACAGACCUCGAAGUGAAAUAUGCCGACGACGCGCAGACAAGCCGCGCAGCAGAAUGGAACUGUUCCCACAGAUUCCUCAUCCCCGAAAGUAGCAUCCAGGGCACGGAAGACAAGCACGAAGAAGAAUGCUCGUGUCAAGAAUGAGCCGAUAACAGUCGGAGAGAAGCGUGAGCAGGAGGAGAGCGAGGUCAAGGCGGAAGAGCCAGCAGAGGAAGGACCGCCCGCAAAGAAGCCCAAAACCGAAGCGGGUGAGGACGAAAUGUCCAAUGGCAAAACAGACGGAGACGAGGGUGUCAAACAAGAGUCAGACAGCAAGCAGUCAGAUGGGAAGGCAGACCAUCCAGCAAAGCACGCGUACCAAACAGGCACCAUUGAGAGGGGCCAUAUCUACUUCUUUUAUCGGCCCAAAGUGGAACUCGACGAAGCGCACUCGGUCGACGACGUCCAGCGCUUCUACAUCCUGCUCGUUCCUCGUCCACCAGAGUUUAGUGUGGCGUCGAACGGUUCGAAGGACACGGACGAGGAUCAGGAGAUGACAGUGCUAUUCGAAGGCGCGGACGCUGUCCCUGCUCCGGAGCCCAAAGGGCAGACGAAGAAGCAUUUCCGGCUAAUCGUGCCUGGCAAGAAAAGCCUACCCGACCCAGAGCAUGGGCGAGGAAGGGGAAAUAUCUUCUGGGGCGCCAUCGUCACGAUCGGUGAGGACCUAAAUAAACUCCAACAGGGUUUAGGUGGGAAAGAAUACGAGACGAAGACCAGAGGAACUCGGCACCAGGCUGCAGCACGUCUUGCGGCACGCGGCGCAUAUGCCAUGGUGAACAACGAAGCACGUACGCCCUCGUCGCGGGAAACCCAUCUAGGAUACCAUCUCUCCCACCCCACGUCAGAGGAAUGGGGCGAGGUACAAGCCGAACUUGGCCUUCAUCCCGCCUCUUCAUUUGUGCUCCAGGUGAAAAACCCUCUGGCACCGCCGACAGGCCCAGGCCGUGUCGGUCUCCCAAAGAGCCGAACAGUAGACUAUCCAGAGUACAUCAUGACGGAGGUCUUCGGCAAGGGCGGCGGGAGAGGCAGAGAAGACUUCGGAUUGAGGUUUUCGAGCGUCGAGAGGAAAGAAAUGCUCGAUUACGAAGGCGUCGAACUCCUCUUUAUUGCCGCUCGGAGCGGAGAAAGCGGGCUGGAGACCAGCCUAGGAGAGGGAAGAGGCAAAGCGUUGGAGGAAUUAGAGGAAAAGGAGGGCCGAGAAUCGGUCGAAGAGGUCUUCAAGGAGCUUGCCAUGGACGCCGAUAAGAUCCCAGCUGAUCCACUCGGCGGUCAAUGGGCGUGAACGUCUACACACGGAGAGUUAGCCUGGGAUAUUGUAUGAACUCGCGAAGAGAAGGACUUCCUUACUUUGUACACUAAAGUAUUAUGUGAUUCUUGAUGCAUUGGGGUUGUCGA